AAUAUUAAAAAGUAAAUUAAUACCUGUAAAAGAUCUUGGAAGUGUAAUUUGAAUACAAGUAAAGAAUGGCUUACUCCAAAUUCAACUUCUUUAUAAUCCUUUAUUCAAUUUUUGUUAUUUCACAUUUGCAUCUUUCCUUAGACUUGUCUAAAGCUAUUAACUUUUUCAUUUGCUUUACUUGUGAAUUACCAAUAUAUUCUUUCUUGAUACCUUUGAAGAAGAUAUUCUUAUGCUUUAGUUUUACAAUUAGAACAAGUUUUUAGAGGGACAGGUUGUGUAUAAAUAUUGGCCAUGGCUAUUCAUAGAGGCAGUGUGCCACUUACAUACAACUUCCUUCUUCAAGAGUGCUUAAUUAAUUUUCUUCUAGCCUUGAUCCACACCCACAGUACUAGCCACUAAAAAAGUAAUGGCAGAAGCAAUUGUUUCUGAAAUUGUAAUCCCAUUAUUGAAGAAAUUGGGCCUUCCAGCUCUCCAGGAGUUUCAAUUGGCGUAUGGCAUUGAAAGUGAGUCUCUCAAAUUGGAGAGCACAAUUUGCACGCUCAAAGAAGUACUUCUUGAUGCAGAGCAGCAACAGGUGUCAAACAACGAGGUUAGAGUUUGGCUCGAAAAUCUCAAAGACGUGGUCUAUGAUGCUGAUGAUUUGCUGGAUGACUUCUCCACAGAAGCUUUGCGGCGAAAAGUGAUGACUCAGAAUAAACGCACCAAGAAGGUACGAAUUUUUUUCUCAAACUCAAAUCAGCUUGUUUUUAGUCUUAAGAUGGGUCAUAAAGUUAAGGUCAUCCGUGAGAGACUAGAUACCAUAGCAGUAGAUAAGAGCAAAUUCCACUUUACUGAUAGGGCUCUUGAGAUGGGAGUUGAGAAAGAGAAGAGGGAGAGUCACUCUUUUGUGCGCGCGGAAAAAGUUAUUGGGAGGGAUGAUGAUAAAAAGGCAAUUAUGGGAUUAUUGAUGGACAAAAAUGUUCUAGAGAAUGUGUCAAUUAUUGCAAUAGUUGGAAUCGGGGGACUAGGAAAGACCGAACUUACAAAAUUGGUAUACAAUGAUGAGAAUGUCACUAAACAUUUUGAGCGUAAGAUGUGGGUGUGUGUUUCUGAUGUCUUUGAUGUAAAACAAAUUGCAGAAAAGAUGAUAGAAAGUGCAAUGGGCAGUAAACCAGGAAAUCUUGAGACGGAAGGUGUGCAAAAUCAGCUUAGGAGAGAAAUAGAUGGAAUAAAUUUUUGCCGUUGGAUGACGUGUGGAAUGAGAAUCGGGACCUAUGGAUAGAACUGUGAGAUCUUUUGAUGGGUGGUGCUAAGGGAAGUAAGAUUUUGAUAACCACCCAUAGUAAAUUAGUGGCAGCUGUUUCUGGGACAAAUUCAUUGUAUCCUUUAAAAGGCUUGUCUAACGAAGAGUCUUGGUCUCUAUUUAAGCAAAUGGCGUUUAAAGAAGGGAUAGAGCCUGAGAAUCCAUGUCUAGUGGAAAUAGGAAAGGAAAUUGUGGAGAAGUGUGUAGGAGUUCCAUUAGCCAUAAGAGUUUUAGGAAGUCUAUUAUAUUCUAGAGAUACAGUGAAGGAAUGGUUGAUUUUUAAAGAUAAAAAUAUGACCAAAAUAGCUCAAGAGGAGAAUGCUAUUCUACCAAUUUUGAGGUUGAGCUAUGAUCACCUUCCCUGGUAUCUAAAGCAAUGCUUCGCAUUUUGUUGCUUAUAUCCUAAAGAUCAUGUAAUUAAUAAGCAACAACUGAUCCAAUUGUGGAUGGCAAAUGGAUUUAUUCAGCUGUCGGAUAAAAAUCAAGAUAUGGAGGAUGUUGGAGAUUCUUAUUUUAUGAAUUUACUAAGGAGGUCAUUUUUUCAAGAUGAUUUAACAGACGAAUUUGGUAGUACAAUAAGUUGUAAAAUGCAUGAUCUUAUGCAUGACCUUGCACAAUCGACUGCGGCAAGUGAGAGUUCCAUGGUGAAUUUAGAUGCAAAUGAUGUUUCUACAAGAACCCGUCAUGUGUCAUUUGAUGUGUCAUUUGAUUCAUCUCUAUGUACAGAGUUUUCAUUAAAAAUUCCUAACCCCUUGCUUGGAGCUGUCAAGGUAAGAACAUUUUUUUUGCCAGCUGCAAUACAAUCCCCUCUGUUGAAAUUGGAGGAAUCAGUAUUUGAAACGAUUGUUUCUACUUUCAAAAGGUUACGCGUGUUGGAUAUGCAUGCCUUGGGAGUGAUGACUGUACCGAGUUGCAUAAGUGAGCUAAGGCAUUUAAGAUAUCUUGAUCUUUCCAAUAACCAUAGAAUUGUGACACUGCCAAAUUCCAUUACCAACUUGCAAAAUUUACAAACUCUAAAAAUUUGUGAUUGUCCCUUUUUCAACCAAUUGCCAAGAGAUAUUAGAAAAUUGGUGAGCCUUAGACAUUUGGAGAUUGAUGGUGGGAGUCAUUUGAAUGAUAUGCCGCGUGGAAUGGGCCAGCUGACUUGUCUUCGGACAUUAAAUCAGUUCAUUGUGGGUCCAUUUAACAGGUUAAGCGAAUUGAAAAAUUUAAACACUUUUAAGGGGUAAGUUGCAGAUUAUAAUACGUUCAGUGGGGCAAGCGGGUAAUAAAAGAAUAGGGGCAAGAUUAAAAGAAGAAGCAGAGGAAGCGAACUUGAAGGGGAAACAAUACCUUCAGUCUUUGGAAUUGUAUUUCGGUGACGAUGAGUUAGUAUUGGAAGCUCUCCGGCCAUACGCAAAUCUGAAGAAGCUCAGAAUAUAUCACUAUAGGGGUGUGAGAUUACCAACAUGGAUGUCAUUUACGUCCGUCCUCCCAAAUCUUGUUCAUAUUAAUAUAUGGAAUUGUGAAGGAUGUAAACAUCUUCCAAAAAUAGAGCAGCUUCCUUCUCUCCGAGAACUUCAUCUUGGUGGAUUAACUUCCAUAGAGUACAUAGAUGACUACUUCAGUAGUGGUGGACCUACUGGUGGUGGUAAUGAAUUAGAUAAUGAUGAGUCCUUAAUGUCUUCUCCUUUUCCGUCUUCAUCAUCGAGAGGAGGUGGAGGAAGACGAGAGCGAGCACCACCACCACCAACAACAUUCUUUCCAUCACUGAAAUAUCUCACUCUAGAGUUCAUGCCUAAUUUGAAGGGAUGGUGGAGGAUGAGUAAGUUAGCAGCAGCAGAAGAUCAGGAACUGUCACUGCUACCAUCAUUUCCCUGUCUUAUUGAAUCAUUGAUCAGGUACUGCCCUAAGCUAACAUCAAUGCCUCUGCAACCAACUGUUGUAAAACUAGAAUUGUGGGAAGUCAGAGAGAAGCUAGUACAACAACAGUUAUUGAUGAAGACAAAGACAACAAUGGUGGCAGCAACGCGAUCUUCUUCUUCUUCACUCGUACUUCCUCUUUCCAACUUAGAGGAACUGGUUGUAUCUGUGGAUCAAGUUACACUGCCGGAGGCCGCAUUCCAACGUCUCACUUCUAUCCGGAAACUAGUCAUUGGUGGUUGUCCAAGACGAACCUCUCUGUCCAGAUGGAUGCUACAUCUCACUGCCCUCCGGUCUCUGCACAUCAAUGAUUGCCAAGAGAUUGAUUUGUCAGAUAUUGGUGAUGAUAAUGCAAACCUUACUUCUCUGACUAUUGAACGAAUACCCAAGUUGAAGUCUCUUCCUGCGGGGCUUCUACACUUUACCACUCUCCAACAUCUGACCAUUAAAUAUUGUGAAAAUUUGAUGAGUUUACCAGAGUGGAUAGGCAGCCUCACAUCACUUCAACAACUUUACAUUUGCGAUUCCCCAAGAUUGAAUUCACUGCCGGAAGGGGUGCAACGGCUAACCACAUUACAACACCUGGAAAUUGAAUUUUCUUCACAGGAGCUAUAUGAUAGAUGCCAAGAGGAAACAGAGGAAGAUUGGCCUAAGAUUGCUCACAUCCCAAAAGUUCUUAUAUACUAAUACAAGAAUAACUCUCGGACCGUUCCUUUCUCUCUGUAGUAGAAGUAACAUUUCAAGAAGAAAUAAAUCCAGAAUUUAGUGUUUAAAAGGACUGUUUGGUUGAAGUCAGGAGGGUAAGACUUUUGUCUUUGCAUCCCAGUCAUUAAGGUUUAAAACAUGGGUGGUGUUAAUUAUGGACCAUACGUGUUUGACAGGAAGGCUUGGGACAUGAUGCUUCCUACAUACAUGAUCACUUGAUUGACUUGUCUAGGCGUAAGAGGCUUCGGUGUAUAUUUCAGCAUAUGUACUAUGUUGUGUGGCUUGUAAUAGUUUGGUGAUGUAAAUAUAAAAGUUUGUGAGGCUUGGGAGUGAACUGUGUAAAAGUUAAAAACUCAUGUACUAUAAGGUUUAAAUCCUAUGAACUGACAUGUUUGGAGUAUGAAAAAGUUAUAAAUGGAAUUUGCUUUUAUUCUAGAA